AUGGCAAAAAGCUCUUUGCGUCUUAGUAACAUAAACAGUAGUGUGAAAAGCAAGAUAACUUUUUUGAAGAUAGAAGAGUUAGAUGGGGUGGAAGAGGUGACUUUCGAUGAGAACUCUGCGUCCAUAUUGUUCAAUGAUAGUAUAAUUGAUGCGAACAGAUUAGUAGCAAUUAUAAACAGCAGCAAAGAUAUGGAUGGAGAAUUCCAAGAGGAAGAUAAAAUAGAAAAGGACAGCGUAGUGAACGAAUUCGUUCACCGUGAAAAUGUCGAAGAUGUAAACAUGUUUACCUUUUAUCCGAAGGGAAAGCACACAAAAGGUAAGCAUCACAAUAGUUAUGCUAAAAAUAUCAUUUGGGGAAAAAAUAUGGAUGAAGGGGUUAACUCGAGAGGGCUGCUAGAUGGGGAUGGAUAUGUGACUUUAGCAAAUGCACAUGGCGUUGGUGAGGACGUGGACGGUGGCGACAAUGAUAAAAACCAGGGGAAUGGAAAAAUAAGUGGACAUUUUGGCAGUGGGUAUGAGGGGAGUUACUGCGAAGAGGGGUAUCAAGAAAUUUAUAGGAAGGGCGUGGAUGACGGGGUAGGUGACGGAGUGGGUGGUGAUGCGGGUGAUGCGGGUGAUGCGCAUGAGAUGCAGACCGACGAGUGUCCUGGUGAACGCCGCACUAACGUUAGGGAUAACACCUUGAACGAUACCUAUAACAGAAGAGGAGGCACAAAUGCGCGCGAAGAGGAACGCGCGGCCAACAAGGCCGAAGUGAAAGACGAGCACGGAAGGGAUGAAGACCCCCCCCAUAGCGAAAACUUCGGCGCCCUCCAGUCAGUUAACCAAACCAAAAGGAGGAAGCAGCAUGUUAAAAAGCAGGGGAUCGAGCAAUCGAACCUCCAGUCGAACCGUCAAUGCGUCAGGAAGGACGGAUGUAAGCGGGGUGAGACAUCCGAGGACAAGGAGGCACAGUUACGUAAGGGAGAUUCACUCCAAAGUGGAAGAAGCCGGAGAGGAAAUAUCUUCCAAGAUUAUGAAACCUACAGAGGGAAAAAAGAAAAUAUAUACAUUUGCGAAUUGAGAAUUUACAACAUGACGUGUGACAACUGUGGCAAUAAAAUUAUCAGUUUUUUAAAAGACAAAAAUUUAAUCGUAGAUGGGAAUAGUUUCGCAACAGAUAGUAAAGUGAAGUUAAAAUUGAACGUGUCUGAGGGGGAUUCCUAUCAGUCGAGUAGCGGUUGUAACUACCAAGGUAGCGACAACAAUAGUGUAAAAAAUUUUGUGAACAAAAUAAUGAAUGAAAUAAAGGAAAGCGGAUUUAAUAAUGACCUGAUAGACUUGUACAAGGAUGAAGAUAACCAUAAUAAGGGGAUCCUCUUUGACAUUACUCUGUAUGUAUUCAGGGAGGACGUGAUAAAGGCCUAUGGCUUGUUGAAAAAUAUGAAGGGAAUUAAAAAUGUAGAAUAUGAUGUGAGGCAUGAGUAUGUCUACAUUUUGUAUAACCCAGAUGUGGUCGGGAUUAGGUUCAUUUUGGAAAGUUUAAAAAAGAAGAAAAAUAUCGAUGCUUACUAUGAUGAAGAUAAAGAAAAAUUUUUUAGAAGCACAAGAAAUAACGAAAUGAAUAAUUCUCGUAAAUUAAUUGAACUUUUGUGUUGCUUUUUUUUGAGCAUUUUCAUUAUAGUCCUUAAUAAUUACCAAAUGAAUAUGGGUUCAAUGAAUGGCUUUUAUUCCUAUGGCACUUACAAGAAUUACGUGAAUAUGUUUAAUUUUUUGCAUUUCAGAAAUGCGAAAGGUGAUUUUUUGGGGAAAAAAUUUGCACAUGAAUCGUCUUUUCAGUCGAAUGGAGGGGAGAACAAUUCUUUUUUCGGUCUUUUUUUCACCGAACGGUAUUUUCCACAUGGGGAAGAGGGACAGGGGAUGACCACGACGGAUGGAAAUGCAUCUCCACGGGUUUUCACUUCAGAUUUGGGGGGCAAUUCGAUAAGGGGGGAGUUCCAAGAGGUUGCACCAAGUGAUGGGAAGAAGAAACGCAGCCCGGAUGAAGCUCACUCGAAUGAAGUUGACUCGGAUGAAGCUGACUCUGAUGAAGCCGACUCUGAUGAAGCUGACUCUGAUGAGAAGGAAGGCAAGGAGGAAGACGACUCGUCCAUCUUGUACCCGGAAGCCAUAGAUGCCAGGAUGGCUCAGGGUAAGGAAGUUGGUAAGGAGGUGGACCAUUUGGAGGAAGAAUCCUCAGAAGCGGAACAUGAAGAAGGACUCCACGCUAUAGCUGAAAAAUCUGGAGAGACAAACACAAAGGCGAAACAAACGAAAGAACGCGGGCAGGAUAGAUUAUUCCCGUCUGACAAACUACAAUCAAAAACGUAUGAGGAAAAUAGUGUGAAUGGUGAUGAAGGAGCGGAGGAUGCCGUGGGGAAGAAGGUGCACAGUUCGAAGAAGAUUGUUCCGAACUCUAACUUUUUUAAGAAGGCUUCUUCAAAUGGUAAGGAUAUUAAGAAGGGGAGUAUGACCGAGAUUGGUGAGGUGGAUUUUUUGUUUGACUUUCGACGGGAGGACAAGCAGAAAAAAGGAGUAAAGGGGGAGAAACGUGCGGGAACGUCUAACGAGGUAGCAGCGUCCGCUGAAGGAGUCGUGCUCAGGAAGUACCCUCAGCCCAGGGGAGACUCCCUGGCACACUUUCACGCCCGCUUCAGCAGAGGUGCAAGCGCGAAGGGGAAGACUGUGAAUUCGGGAAAAGAAGUGAAAAGGGGAUCUUCCCAAGAGGUGAACCCUAAAGGAGAGGAAGAAGAACAAGGUUGUAAAAUGGCGAAAGGGAAGAACCCGGAGGGGGAACCAAAAGGGAGUACCAAGGAGGAAGAAUUAUUGAAAAAGGAGUCCCUUUUUUAUGAGAACAAUUUACCCAGUUGUAUGACCAAUACGUGGUUAAGCAUAUACCUGGACAGUAAAAUAUUUGGAAACUUAUCGCUCAGGUUAUUCUUUAUUUUUUUGCUAAGCUCCAUUGUUUACAUUUAUUUCGGAUUUCAUUUUGUUUUAAAUGGAUACAAAAAUUUAAAGAAUGGAAUAAUUAACAUGAACGUUUUAAUAUCAAUCAGUUCCUCGUUUUCUUACUUUUACUCUCUGCUCCUUUUGCUCUUCUGUUUGUUUUUUUCUGUUGACUUGGAUGGAAUUCCACUCUACUUCGACUCGUCCGCUUUGCUAAUAUGUAUAAUGAAACUGGGGUUCGAAAUUGAAAACUUUUUAGUCAGUUUUACGAAAAAGAAAAUAGAAGAUUUAUACGAGAGAAGCACCAAGCAUGUGUACAUACUGGAGAAAAGGAAUGACAAAACGGAAGAUCCCCAGUUAAAGAAGCAGCUAAGUAAUUGUACAAUUACCAGUUCGCAAAAUGGGAAAGACAAUGGGGCCCCCCUUAGUCAUAGCAACUCGAGUGAGAAUGUAAAUGUGUCCCCCAGUAGAAAUGGAGAUAUGUCUCCUGUUGGAAGUAGUGCUCUGUCUGACUUUUGCAAAAAUAGCUCUCAGUUUUCUAGCAGAGAGUUUAAGGUAGAGGAAGGAAGGCAUGGAGGAGCAGGAGAUGAUGCCCCCAACAACAGACCGACCCUCUUUCCAAAUGAACGCAAAGGAAUAGAUAUAAACAAAAUAUUUUGUGAAGACAAAAAGAUUAAUAUAAACGAUUUUACGAUAAAUAGUUACCCAGUCCAAUUUAUUCAAAAGCACGACAUUUUGGUGUUUUACGAAGGGGCGACGUUACUAAUUGAUGGGAUCAAAAUGAAUGAUGACAUCUCCUAUGUAGACGAAAGUAUGAUAAGUGGGGAGAAAAAACCCAUUACCAAAUUUAAAGGAGACAAAAUAUAUGCAGGGUCUAAAUGUGUACAGGGGAUCAUAAUUCUUUUUAUUGAUGACAUUUCGAAGGGGAACUAUAUUGAAUAUAUUAAAAAAACAUUAGACGAAGUGAACUGCAAAAAAACGAAUUUACAAUUAUAUGCAGAUAAAAUAGCCAGUAUAUUCAUCCCAUUCAUUAUAGGGUUAUGCAUUGUCGUAUUUUUCAUUUGGUUUUUCCUAACCUAUUUUGAUUAUGUAAAUAUAAGGAAGGAUAAUUAUUUUAAGCUAAACAGAUUUUUAUCGUGUGUAUUUUUCUCCAUACAUUUCUCCUUAUCAAUUUUAUGUGUGGCGUGUCCCUGUGCCGUUGGGUUAGCGAGUCCUCUGUCCAUUGCCAUAAGCUCGUACAUAUGUAGCAGCAUUGGAAUUAUAUUAAAAAAUAUAAACAUCUUCGAAAUAUUCCUCGAAUGUAAUCAUUUCAUUUUUGAUAAGACGGGCACGUUAACAGUUGGGAAACCGGUGGUCAAUAAAAUAUACGUGUCUUCCAAUUUAGAGCUCUUCACAGACCAGUUGUUGAAAAGUACGUCUAAGAACAAUCUUUCUGUGAAAUUUGGGGAAGACGAUAUGGGCAGUGCGUUGGACUACCUCUCUAGCGAUGAUCACCAUUUUAGCAAUUUUCAUUUACACACGAGUGAAGAGAAAAAUAAAAGAACACAGAAAAGUGCACCCUCUCCGGGUGACAUUAAUGGAGUGAGUGUGUACAGUCGUUUAGGUGAUACUUCCGAUGGAGGGGAACAUUUUGGAAACUUGGACAAGAGGGGAAAAAAUAAGGGAAGCCUUUCGCACGGUUCCGCUGCCUAUGUGGGGGAUAUGCCGAGGAAGAACGAACAGAGAGACCGAGUGAGUAGAAAGGGGGACAGCUGGCGGCCAAACGAAAGCACCCUCACCGAAGAGCACAAAAAUAACUGUCGCGAAAAUGACACAAACGAUGGUGGUAAUAAUAAGACCUUAAAUUUUAUAGAAAGCAUCCACUGCUCAGGAAAAAAUGUCACCUUCUAUUCCUUCACGACGCAAAGGGACUAUUACAAAAUUGAGAUAAAAAAAUCGGUAAUGAGAAGAGAAGAAAGAAACAGUCCGAGUAACUUCAAUGACACGGAGAACAUCCCCUGCAGUGGAAAAAAAUCUAUCUUCAAUCGUAUAGUGUCAUUUAUAAAUGAUAAAAGGAGGAAAAAUAAAUAUAACCAGAUAGGAGACCAUUCCCUCAAGGAGUAUUUUAUAAACAAUCCUGAAGUGUCCAUCUCUUCACAUGACGAUUCUUAUACGAGCGAAACGAGCAGCGAAAAUAAUGACACUACCAUUACUGAUACACAGCAAGAUGAAGAACUGCCAUACGGUGCUGAGCUGAAAAAAAAUGAUGAUGACCCAUUUGAUAGUGAAAACAAUUUGAGUGAAAAAAUUACCAACUGGUUAUACCUCUUUUUAAGCUUAAGUUCAAAUUUGGAAAAGUAUAGUAAUCAUUUAUACGCUACGUCAAUAAAUACCUUUAUAAACUCGAAUUUUUGCAUUAAUGAAACAUUUGACGUGCAAAAUUUGAAGAAUGGGAAAAGUCAGGGAAUUACUGGAGUGGUAAAAGACCUAUCGGUUACCAUUGGCACUUUGUACUACUGCUAUACGAAGUAUAAAAACACACACUGUCGACAGGCAGCAGAAAGUGUUGAUGAAAAAUUGAAUAUCAAAAAUUUGGAGGCCCAUCUCUACUCCUGUGAUUGUAAUGUACACAAGACGUAUCAGUACCUGUACAAUUAUUCCAAUAGCAAAAAAAACGAAAGUAAUAAUAUUAUUUUUAUGUGUAUAGAAGGAAUAAUCGUCGGAUUUUUUACCCUCGUGGAUGACAUAAAACCGGAGGUGUUUGAUUUAAUUAGGUACCUGAAGAGAGAACGCAAAAAGGUGUACGUCUGUACUGGUGAUAAUUAUGUGAAUGCUCUUUACAUUUCCAAAAUUUUGGGCAUAUCAAAAAAGAAUGUGUCCUCGAACACGUUGCCCAUGGAGAAGGUCCACUUUGUGAAGAAGAUACAGUCACUCGAUAGUGGAAAAGUGUGCAUGAUCGGAGACGGAAUAAACGACUGCUUUGCCCUGAAGAGCGCGGACCUGGGGCUGUCCCUGAGCACGAGAUCGAACGUGGUGAUGGACAGCGCCGACGCUUGCAUCGUCGACAACGAUAUAAGCGUCAUAAUGAAGUUGUUUGAAAUAAGCAGAAAAACCUUGAUGGUGAUCAAAUUCAACUUUUUGUUUUCCUUCCUAAUCAACGUCUUUUUUAUUCUCUUGGCAAGCGGGUCGUUCUACGCCCUCAACUACGUCUUUUCGCCGUUUCUGUUCACCUUCCUGAUGUUUUGCAGCUCUAUCAUUGUGAUCCUCUCCUCCUUGUCUUUGAAAUUGUAG